UUAUUUUUCUUCAGUCAGGAAUUUCGAAACCCUAGCCGUCGUAGUCGAAUUCGAGAUCCAACCAAGCCUGCUUAUCUCUAAGGGUUUUCCAAGAGUCGUCUUGAAUGAUGACGAAGCCUACGCAAGAGGAGGCCGUGGCUGUAACAAAGGUAUUUUGGGACAUCAAUAAGUGUCCGGUUCCCUCUGGCUGUGAUCCUCAUCGGGUCCGUCCGUGUAUUAAACUGCUUCUGGAGAAGAAUGGCUACCGUGGUCCUCUCACCGUCACUGCCUUUGGCAAACUUGCGGACGUUCCUAUUGAUAUGCUGAGAGAAGUCUUUUCCAGUGGAGUCGAUCUUCUCCUUGUCCCUUACGGUACCUUAGACAUUAUGCGUCUAAUUGAUAUCACCGAGAGAAAUCCACCGCCAGUUAAUUUUAUGGUCAUAUCCGAUCCAAAGGCCUGCCCUGAUUUAACUCGGCUUCUACUAUCAUUGUCCUACAACCCUCUCCAGCCGUUUCCAUAUCAUCAUUCUAUGGAAACCUUACUUAGUGAAGGGGCACUUCCCACAGAAACGGCUGAAUCUGUCUCUUGGGAUUGCUUAGUAUGCGCCCGUGACCCUCCUGGCCGAAGCUUUGAUAGUUUCUUCACACAUCUAGCUAGUGAAGAACAUCAUCAACUGCAGUUGUCGAAGCAGCUUAGGGCGCCUCCUAAGCCACCGGUUGUUACUUCCAUGGUGCAUUCUCCGGAUAAAAUCAAUCUGGGCGAUGCGCGUUCUCCGGAUAAAAUCAAUCUGGGCGAUGUGCAUUUAAGUAGACUUGUAGAGGCACCCUUGCUUACCCAAUCUGGGUAUGAUAUGGUAGACUGGGAGGCUGUAAAGUCUGCGGGAAAGACAAUUGUCUUUUGGCACAUUAAUUCCUGUCCUGUUCCCUUCGGCUUUAAUCCUAGAAUGCUUGGUCCGUGCAUCAGACAGUUCUUGAAGAAAGAAGGCUGCCUUGGUCCUCUCUCCAUCAUUGCCAUUGGAGUACUAACUCACGUCCCUGAUUUCAUUCUGUAUGAUGUCUUUUCCAGCGGAAUCAGUCUUCAUAAUGUCCCCUAUGGUCCCUCAGACAUUGAGAAACUAAUUUAUGACUAUUGCUUUUGUACUGGACCUCGACUUAACAUAAUGGUCAUAUCCAAUUGCACAAACUUUGCUUGUAUGCCUGACUUUGUACAAAGGAGAAUCAACCUACUGAAACCUUUUCCAAAUGAUUCUCUUCAGAGAUUUAUUCUGCCAGACGAAGAGUAUCUUAAAGAGGAUAAUUGCAGUGAACAUUCCUUAUGGUUAUGCUCACUAUGCAGCAACAGGGAUGCGACCACGUAUUUCAGUUCUUUUCAACAAGGCUUUGAACCUUUUUCCCCAUGUCUCAAAUUUGGAUGUUUCAUCGACCAUCUCUAUGGUUUAGAACAUGAACAGAAGAUGAUGGAGCUGUGUCCCUUAAAUGAGCAACUCCAACGCAUGCGUGAACCAUUAAGUGUGCCUCCUGAGAAAAACCCGAUGGCUGUAACGGCUGUCUAUUGGGACAUCAAGUCGUGUCCGGUUCCACAUGGCUGUGAUCCUCGUCAGGUUGGUCCUUGGAUUAACCAGUUCUUUGAGAAUGAAGGCUACUGUGGUCCUCUAACCAUCACUGCCAUUGGCUCACUAUCUGACAUCCCUAAACACAUCCUGGAAGGAGUCUAUUCCGGUGGAGUCGCUCUUCAUAACAUAUAUGAAGGUUUUUCGGACAUUAUAUAUGAUCUUGUUUGUACUUUCACUGACGAAAAUCCUCCUCCUGCUAAUAUAAUGGUCAUCUCCGACUCAAAUUUCUUUGCUUAUGAGAAGGAUUUAGUGUCAGAACUGAGUGGCUACAACCUGCUUCCAUGUGAUUCUUGCUUAUUUAUGGCAGGUGCACUUGAGGAGGAUUAUAAGUGCUGUUAUGAAAAAAGUAAGUCUGCCUUCUGGAUUUGCUCUAUAUGCGACGAUAUUUGGGGCCUAGGGUUUGAAAAUUUCACCGCUCAUGUUGCUAGUAGGCCACAUCAACGGGAGUUGUUGGACUAUUUGCCUGGGUAUGCCCGUUUUACUCGUAGAGAGUAACCUCUCAACCAUGGCGACAAAGGCAAGUUAUAACAUCUUGGAGUUUGGGGCUUUCUUAUUUAAAACUGAAAUUGUUGUAGCCAAAGUGCGUAUGGAAAACUUAUGUAACAGAUAAACAAAAUGUUUUUGUUUUAUUUAUGUAGUUAUGGAAAACUAAAAUUAGAAAAAGUAAAGAUUUCUUACUCA